GCACGGGUGGUCUGUUUCCCAGUAGUCUGUUUCGCUGUCGGCGAAAGACUAACCCGGUUUGAACAGAAACUAAACAAGUGAACUUGAGUUGGUAGUUGGCUGCUAAAAAUAAUCAUUCGAAGUAUUGUAACGGAAAAAAGAUAAGAUAAAACUGGUGGUUUGUUGGUUGUCUGCGUGGCAGUAGUCCUGCGUGGAUUACUGAGGAGGAGUCAACUGCUUACUUCCAAGGCUCACUCCCCUAAGGAAGUAGCUAUCUGGUUGAGUAGUUUCUGUAUGCAAGUUUGGAUACAACAACAGCACAUUAAGACAUAGUUCAUGAGAUUUCACAGACGAAUGCACACAUCUAUGACAAAGCGAGAAUUCUCAUCUUAAAGGGGCGGUGGAUUCCAGUUUUUUUUUUUUUUAGAAAUGAAUAUCUUAUGGCCGAUUUAAAAAUACUUAAUGCUAAUUAAAAUUUUUGGUUUACUUGGGUUUAGGAUCAGUUUUAUUUAUUUUACUCCUCUCGCCUCCGCUGUCCCGGCAGCGUUCUGACAAGUGUUCGGACGAAGUCGCAUGAAAAAGAAAGAAAUGUCCAGUAACGGCGAUGCACCUGCUCCCGAUUCCUCUACACGCAUUUCCCUGCAGGCCUGUCUGGAGGAGUGCUCAGAGGCAGUGGAUCUCUUCCUCAACAAUCACUUCACCGAGAGUCUGGAAAAGCUACGGCCGCGUGUGAAAGAGAGCAUGUACCACGCGCUCAUGUACGCCACAGUGUUGGAGAUGCAGGCCAUGAUGACCUUCGAGCAUGAUGACAUCGUCCAGGCUGGGAACACCAUGAAGAGCGCACAGGAGGUCUGCCAGAGGUUCAGGAGGAAGUCCUUGAGCUUGUCCAGUAAAUCAGCAGGAGAUGUCCUCACAGAAGAGCAGCUGCAUGCUGAAGCGUGCUACGCUGAGUGCUUACUCCACAGGGCCGCCCUCACGUUCUUACAGGACGAGAACAUGGUGAAUUUCAUCAAAGGAGGAAUCAAAGUGCGCAACAGCUACCUGAUUUACAAGGACCUCCACACUUUCAUCCAGUCACACGCCUCGCACAGAGGACCCAACCACCUUCACCUGGAGGGAGGGGUGUCCUUCGGGAUUGGAGCUUUCAACUUGGCCCUCUCUCUGUUUCCUCCUCGUAUUCUCAGACUUCUGGAGUUUGCUGGAUUCUCUGGAGAUAAGGAGUACGGCCUGUCGAAGCUGCACGAUGGCGCCACCUCGAUGAACCUGCGCUCCAUGCUGUGUGUGCUGCUGCUGCUCUGCCACUACACCUUCCUGUCCUUCAUCCUGGGGACAGGUGAGGGGGACGUGGACGACGCCGAGAGGCUUCUGAAACCAUUCCUGGUUCGAUACCCACGUGGUGCUAUAUUCUUAUUUUUUGCAGGGAGAGCAGAGGAGAUCAAAGGGAACAUUGAUGAGGCGGUGGCGCUGUUUGAAGAUGGCUGCAGGGCUCAGCAGGCUUGGAAGCAGUUCCACCACAUGUGCUACUGGGAGCUGAUGUGGUGCUUCACGUACAAACGCAUCUGGAAGAUGGCGUACUUCUACGCCGACCUGCUCAGCCAGGAGAGCCGCUGGUCCAAGGCCAUGUACGUGUACAUGAAGGCAGCCUACCUCAGCAUGCUGCCCCCGGAGGAAGCCCGGCCGUUCGGUGACAACGAGGUGGAUCUCUUCAGACAGGUGCCCGCUUUCAAGCAGAAGAUUGCCGGGAAGUCUCCGCCCACGGAGAAGUUCGCCAUACGCAAGGCCCGGCGCUACAAGGCCUGCAGCCCUGUCAGACUCCCGGUGCCUGUACUGGAAAUGAUGUACAUGUGGAACGGUUUCACCAUGAUACGCAAGAGGCCUGAACUCACUAAGGGUAUGAUGGAGACGCUGGUGGAAGCGGAGCGCGCCCUGCGGGAUAAUCCCGUGAAUGAGUACACGGUAGAUGACCACUGCGUGAUUCAGCUGUUGAAGGGACUAUGCUUGAAAAACCAGGGGCAGACUCAGGCAGCAGAGGAGUGCUUCAACAGCGUGUACAGCAGCGAGAAGAAGAUAAAGUUUGACCACUACCUGGUGCCCAACGCCCUGCUGGAGCUCAGCCUGCUCUACGUGGACCUGGGCCGCAGGGAGCUGGCCGUCAAACUACUGCAGAAAGCCAAGAACAACUACAAGGAGUACUCCAUGGAGUCACGCACCCAGUUCAGAAUUCACGCUGCGCUCUCCAAGCUACAGGCUGACACGAACGAAACAGAAGAGAGCACUGAACUGUGAGGAGCAACUGCCCUGAGGCCUGCUCACAUCCCUGAGCCCUGCCCACAUCCCUGAGCCCCACUUACACCCCUGAGCUUCGCCCACAUCCCUGAGCGCCACCCACACCCUAAGCCCCGCCUACAUCCCUGGGCCACAUGCCCCUGAGCCCCCACCCACAUCCCUGCUGGCUCCCCACCCAUUUCCCCUUCAUGGCUGUCCUCAGCACUGCCCAGCAUACUUCAACAAAAAAGGAAUGUUUCCGACUCAGUCUGCUCCCGUCCGCCGCCAAUGGAUAAUGGUCUUCCAGUGACUGGCACAGCUGUGUCCAAUAGAAGAGACUUGCGCUGGAUCAUGACGCCAUCGCUGAGCCAACGUUUGAACAGCUUACUGGUCAAAGCCACAGCCACUGUACAGGCAGCCAUUUUCAGACCGCCAUUCAGAUGUACCAACAGUUUUGUUGCUUGUAGUUAGUCGACAGAUUUUUUUCCCCCCAUUUGUAAUUUAUGGAAAGCUCAUGUAACAUGUUGUGAUCAAUUAAUUUGUAACUAAUUUGUAGACUUUUGUUCAAAAAUGUUAAAAUCGCACACUUUUCAUAGAACCAUAUUACAGGGACUAACUAAUCCGUCUCUGUGGAUAUGUAUGUAGCGAUGAAAACACGACAGUGUGCUUGCACUGUAUGGAAUACUGCUCCUGGCCUGAAAACACUACUAUCCUAAGAGCUUUUAAAGAUGUGCCAUUGUCUUCCCUGAAUGUCAGUAAAGAAUGAUUUUUCUGUGAAGGUAAGAUGGAAUAAUGUAGAUGUAGCCAAGUUCUUACAUUUUCAAUUAAUAUUUAUUUAUCUUUUAUCUCCAUAAAAAACACGAGGAGCUAGCUAAUCAACCAAAACAAUUCAAUUCCUUGUUUGUAUAAUAAAUUGAGAAUUUUCCCA